AUGUCUUCCUCCACUUCCUCCUCUUCCCGCUCCAAAGUCUCAAUGAAGGUUGCCAAGUCCUCCUAUUUCACCAACGUCAGGGCAACCCACAAUAAACUCCCGCUGGGCAAGGCCCAAACCCCUUCGACGCCUUCGUAUUCCUCGCCCUCCACGCCCUCCACCGCCUCUAGCUCAUCACCAUCAACUUCUUCACUCACUCCCGCUUCCUCGAACUCGUCACUCUCACCUUCUCCGUCACGCUCUCCGAAACCAACACUUCCGCAAUCCGCCAAGCCCACGGGCGUGAUCAAAAAACGCCGGGCCGACCCAGAGAAGAUGUUCCACAAACCAUCACGACCGACAAUCCGACACCCCGCCAGCUCGGCCUCCCCACCUCGGACGCCCUUCCCGACCGAAAAGGGUUAUAAGCUGGUGAAACCAUCACCAGGAGCGCAACCGUACCGCACCUCCGACGCUCGCCGGAACAGAGGCGGCCGCGGAAAGACGGUGGAUGUGGCGGUGCCGAAGACGCUCAUCUGCCCGAUCCCGGAGAGGAACUCCGAGGCCAGCGUUCGACGGGCAACGGUGCUGGAACAACUCAUCCAGGAAGGCCUGGAGAGGAAGCGGCUGGAGAAGGAGGGGAAGAUCGCCGUCGAUCUUGGCCCGGAGGAUAAGGAGCUUGGCCCCGUCAACACCUAUUACAGGGGGGCGGAUGGGGAACUGCACGAGUUGCCGCCGAAUAAAUUGAAGGAACUGGAGAGGACUCGUCCCCGCUGGUAG